AAGUAGAAGAUCUUUAACUCAUAGGGAAAAAAAAAACUACUUUUGGUCAUUUCACAACCAAGGAAUCAUCAAUGGUAGAACAAUCUAAAAUAUCGAAAGCACAAAAGGUAUCUCUUGUGAUUUGAUGCUCAAACUCUUUAUAUGGACAACAACAGCAACGAUGAGGCUAAGCACACCGUUUAUAUCAGUUUCAACAAAAAUGAUUCAUCAGUCUCCUCUUUCAUCAGCUACCUCAUCGCUGCUUUCAACCGACAAGGAAUCAUCUCUGCGUUCGUUGACGGUAAAAGCAGCCAUGAUGAAGCUGUCGAGAGGGAGAUGGGACCUGAAGAAUUCUCCAAAUUAAGGGUGGUGGUGGUGGUUUUUUCCAAAAACUAUGCACUUCAUGUGUCAUUCUUGGAAAAACAGAUUCUCGAGUACUCAUACCGUAACAACAACGACUUUGUGGUUGUUCCGGUGUUCUAUGGAGUCAGUAUUUCGUCCGUGAAUCAACAUAUGGAGAGGUUUGGUGAAGAGUUUGACGCAAUCCAAAGAUCGAGGAUUAAGUGGCGACCAGGCCAUGAAUAUGAUUGUAAACGAAGUGAAUCUGAAUUUCUAGAAGAAAUCGCCAAUGAUGUGUUUGAGCAACUCUAUCCAACGGAAGAGAUUGGGAUCCAGUCACUACUAAAGGAGAUAGUAGAAAACUAUCUAUGCAAUCAACCAUGGGGCAUUCGCACUAUAGGCAUUUUUGGUGAGCCUGGCAUCGGAAAGACAACUCUGGCUACAGCCUUCUUUCGCCGAAUUUCUCAUGGCUAUGAUGAUUCUUGUUUCAUCAAAGAUUUUCACAAAGAAUAUACUGAGAAGAGACUUGAGUAUUUGCCUCCUAAAUACUUGGGUAAAACUUCAAUGGAAAAGUUUGACCUAAAAAGUUUUGAUUCACAGCCAAGCCACCGCAAGAAGUGGGUUCUUGUUGCUCUAGACGAUGUGCAAAAUGCUCAAGACGCGAAGUCAUUUCUUGGUGGAUGUGAUAAGUUUGGUCCAGGGAGCUUGAUCAUCAUAACUUCCAGAAAGAGAAAAAUUCUUGAGCAGUGCCAUAUGAAUAAGAUUUAUGAGCUAAAAGGUCUAAAUGAUGAAGAUGCUCUGAAGCUGUUUACGAGAUGUGCCUUUGGGAAUGGAGUGAUAGAGCAGAAUCUUCUGGAUCUUUCAAAGAGAGUGGUUGAAUGUUCUGAUGGGAACCCACGUACUCUUCGCUCAUUUGCCGAGAAGCUCAAGGGCAAGGCAGUGGAAAAAAUCAGUUGGACGUUUCCUGAUGAUUGUGAUGUACUCGUUGCCGACGAUGGAUCUUGUGACACUGAGAAGAACACAUAUUUGCGCAUUGUCCCCUGUGAAGAAGACGAUGAAGUACACGAAAAUAAGGAGCUCCAGUCAGAUCACAAUGCGGUUUUGGCCACUAGAGACAGCAAUACAAUAUUUCUGACCCCAUCCGACUUGUCCGCUGAAUGCGAAUUUCGAUCUUAUUCUCAGAAGAACCCUGGAUUCGGCAUUUACAACCGCAUCUCCAAGUCUCUGCCUAGUAAUCUAAAGGUUUACAGAUUGGAUUAUAACUCUCUGAUGAGAUCUUUGUAUGGACACUUACACCAAAAGCAUCAUGUUCUACUACAAGGGUUUGCUGGUGGACUUCAGAAACGUUGGAAAAGCUUCUCGAACUCGCAUGAUCACGAUCAGCUAGAGCAUCAUCUCCAACUUCUCCUUAAUCUCUCUGGUGGUUGCGUUGUGACCAAAAUUUGUCUAGAAGUUGUACGGAAGACUAGGGAAUCGAAUGGUAAGAACAUUAAUGGCAUCAAACUAAUAAGAUAUGGAAAUCCUGAGUUGUUGAAGAUUAAACUUGAUCGAGAUCAACCUAAUGGCUUGGGUCAAUAUAUAUCCAAUUAAAAUUAAUAUUGGACAAAACUCAUUAUAUAGCAUGUACCUAGUUAUAAUAAUUUAUGGAAAUAAUUAUAAAACUCAUCUUGAUUGUUAUAUAUCAAUAAGUUGUAUAAAUAUAUAAAAUCAUUUUGUUUAA